CCCCCUUGGCAGGGAAGGGGUUAAGGUCCCCCCACAGCUUGUCUGCACCCCCUGAGGGGCUCCCCAAGGGCUCAUUACCUCGGCCUCAGCCCCCCUGCCCCGGGAGGAGGGGGGGGGGAUGAAUAAUUCAGUGCUUGGUAGAUGUGUCCUCCCUCCCUCUCCUUCCUCCUCCUCCUCCUCCUCCUCCUCACCGGCUCUGCUUUCCCCACCUCCCUCCACUCUCAGUCCUCGCCGUACCGGAGCCCCGGGUGUUACCGAACUCCCUGCUCGCUACCGGUGCCUGAGCCCCCCCUCAGCGGCAGCGGCGGUCACCAUGGACCCCAAGGACCGCAAGAAGAUCCAGUUCUCGGUGCCGGCCCCCCCCAGCCAGCUGGACCCCCGCGCCGUGGAGAUGGCGUGUGCAUGGGCCCUUGGCCCCGGGGUGCAGGGGACGGGGAGGCUCCGUGUCCCCAGGCGGUGACACCCCGCUGUGCCCCAGAUCCGGCGGCGGAGGCCCACACCGGCCAUGCUCUUCCAGCUCUCCGAGCACUCGUCCCCAGAGGACGAGUCCCUGCCCUACCAGCGUGAGAGCUGCCUGCUGAAACCAAAGAGGACCAACCCGUGUGCCUACACCCCGCCCUCGCUCAAAGCGGUGCAGCGCAUCGUCCAGUCCCACCUGGAGGGUGGCCUGGCCGGGGGGGACAGCUCCGAUGGGGAGGCCGAUGAUGGGGAGCAUGAGCUGGCCCGUGCCUGCGAUCCCGACAGUGCCCUGGAGCCCGCGCCCGGGAGCCAGGCCCGAGCGGAGCGGAGCUACUUCAGCGGCCCCAGGGCUCACAAGCGGAAAGGCGGGCAGAAGGUGUCGUUCGCCGGCGGCAUCGAUGAGCGCGGCCAGGACCUGAAGUCGCUGACGGUGUCCGAGAUCCCGGAGGAUCCCGAGGGACUGGAGGAGGAGGAAGAGGAGGACGGCGGCACCGGGGAGCGGCGACACGUCGGCUUCGCCGAGGUUCCAUCUCGCCCCAUCGGCACCGAGCGCCAUUCGCCCACCUACCCCCUGGGUACCAGUUAACCGGCACCGGGACCCGGCACCCCCCCGGCUGCAGCAGCUUCGCCGGUGCCCCCCCUCGCCCCAUUGCCCCCCAUCGCCCCACUGCUGCCCUGCCUGCGCUUCGUGUGCUGCCCCACACAUGGCCACGGCCACCACGCUUUGCAAUGGGGGGUCCCACGCGAGGGGCCGGGACCCCCCCGGGGGGGCUGGUGGGGACCCACCCCUGCCCCACAUCGAGCUGAGCCCCCUGCCCGCAAUAAACGGCUGUACAGAGAG